CUGGAACGCGUGCCUCAAAAAGAGUGGGCCAGAGAAUGUCGUGCGUGGGAGUAAUCCAAGUCGCCAGGGAAUGAGAUGGCUGGGCGAAACGCUAUAAUAUGAUGUGAUUGUCCUCUAGCCGGUCUUUUCGAACGGCUUCAAUUUCAAGUGUCGAGAUCUCAAGAUGAAGGUUCAAGCUUCUUUGGCUCUGACGCUCGCCGUGCAGGCGCUUGCAUCUCCUGGAAAUUCGCAGCUUGAAGAGAGGUCCCGGCCGUUGGUGUCGUCGAAAGCGCUGCAGAAUGAGAUCAAGACAGACAAGUACGGCGCAAUUCACGCCCAAGUGAAACAAUACUGACUCUGUCCAAGAUUAAUGGCCAACCUCGUCGAACUCGAUAAAAUUGCAAAAGCCAAUGGAGGCAACCGCGCAUUUGGCCUCCCCGGAUACGCAGCAUCCGUCGAUUUCGUCCUAUCCAAGACCCAGAAAUCAAAAUACUUCCGCACCUGGACACAGGACUUUACAGCGCUAUUCCAGGAAGUCAGGUCCAUCGACUUCAGCGUCGGAAACACAUCGUACUAUGUCAUCGGGCUUACAUACUCGCCCUCGACGACCGCAGAAGGUGUAACUGCAUCGCUUGUCCUCGGUCCUUCUGGUACGGCGGCCUGCAGCAGCGCAUCAUACAGCGGGCUUGGUGUAGAUGGAAAGAUUGUCCUGGUGGAACGAGGAACAUGUCCUACCGGGGGUACGCUUGCUGGCCGCGUGAGGCCUGCUGCGGCGGCCGGAGCAGCGGCUGUCGUUGUCUACAACAAUGUCGAGACCAAAGUGACUGGCGGUACUCUUUCGGCUCCCGAUCCACAGGGCUUUGUCCCGGCAAGCUUCAUCAACCAGGCUGAUGGCGUCGCGCUCGCUGCACGGCUCUCUGCUGGUGAGGAUAUUCAGGCUCACUUCCAGCAGACGCAGGUUCUUGAAAACAGGACCACGCAAAACGUCUUCACGGAGACGAGGGAAGGCGAUCCCAAGAACGUUAUCAUGUUGGGCGCGCAUCUCGACAGUGUCCAAGCCGGGCCUGGGAUCAACGACGACGGUUCUGGCACCACGCUCCUCCUGGAAGUCAAAGCCGGGCUUGAGAAGUACAAGGUCAAGAAUAAGGUUCGCUUUGCGUGGUGGGGCGCGGAAGAGAAUGGUCUGGUCGGAUCAAAGUACUAUACGCAGAAUCUGAGCAAAAAAGAAGCAGACAGCAUCCUAACCUAUCUCAAUUUCGACAUGGUUUCCCGCGGAACAUUCAACGUCUUCGACGGCGAUGGCAGCACGUUCAACCUCACUGGCCCACCGGGUUCCGGUACAAUCGAAAAGCUGUUCAUCGACGACUUGGUGCAGAAAGGCAUUAACGUUAGCGUAGCACAGUUUACUGGCGGUUCUGACUACCAAUCAUUUAUGAAUAUUGGAAAGCCAGUCGGAGGCAUGAACACUGGCACACGACCCGACCAGGACGCUUGCUACCACCAGGCUUGCGACACGAUUGAGAAUCCUAACCCGAAUACGCUGACCGUGAUUUCGAAGGCCGCUGCACACGUGCUUUCCAUCCUCGCUGUCAAUGGCACGAAGUUGAUUCCCCAGAGCCCCGUCAAUGCUACUAUGAUCACGCCGAGAGGUCUUACUGGACGGGAUAUACAAUGGACGAAUUUCGAGGGUGAUUUUCAUGAUGCGAGCUGUGGUCAUGAGAUUUGAGUAUCGGGCGAGGCAGUAAGGGAACGAAAAGGUUUUGGUGGCGGUGAAAUACGCGGUGAGAAGAGGAACAUAUGACUGUACGAAGUAAUGAACGCUAUCUUUAUGUAACACCGAACACGAACUGUUGGAGAUGCCUUCGCCGUACUUCUA